GAUCUAUAGCUUACCUUAUCUUUCCUGACCCAGCCCACACUUCACUGACCAUCUUUGACUACUAUCCUGUUUAGAUUAGCAAGAUGACUGAGGUCUUGUCGAACGCUCAGGUCCCGCAUCUGAAUGGUGACGGUGACUCUCCAGAGAAACUACUUGCCGACGUUCAAAAGCAUGCCGUUUCACCACUCUGGAUGCAGAUGAAGAGGUUGAACCCUCCACUGCCCAACCCCCAAGCAAUUCCUCAUUUAUGGAAGUACAAGGAGAUCCGGCCAGACUUGCUGCGAGCCGGAAAGUUAGUGACUGAGAAGCAAGCUGAGAGGCGGGUAUUGAUGUUAGUGAAUCCUAACAAGGAAGCACCAUUCACAACCGACACCAUCUAUGCCGGACUCCAACUCGUUAUGCCCAACGAAACCGCCCCAGCCCACCGCCACACCGCCUUCGCCAUGCGCUUCAUCAUCGAAGGUGAAGGCGGUUUCACCGCCGUCCAUGGCCGCCGCGUAAACAUGAAGCGCGGCGACGUCAUUCUGACCCCAACCUGGAACUGGCACGACCACGGCAAGGACGGUUCCGGCCCCAUGAUCUGGCUUGACGGACUCGAUCUCCCUAAUUUUGUGCAUUUCCCUGUGCAUUUUGUAGAACAUCACACUGCAGCAAGGUAUCCAGCGGAGAACGUGGAUUCGAAUGCUUCGCCGAUUGUGUUUCCGUGGGAGAGGAUGGCGGAGAAAUUGGAUAAGGCACCGGGGAAGUGGGUUUCGUUGCCGUAUCUUCAGGCUAAUGGGACGGAAGUGAGCAGAAUACUCGGCGGUUCAGCAGAGCGGCUUAGCGCAGGGGAAAGUUCUCCGCCAGUGCGGGAGACGGCUUCCUCAGUGUAUCAUGUUGUUGAGGGGUCAGGGUACACAGAGGUAGAGGGUAAGAAGUUGACCUGGGAGCGUGGCGAUACUUUCUGCAUCCCAUCAUGGCAUAAGUAUCAGCACUUUGCUUCAGGUGGGCAGACGGUGUAUCUCUAUCGCUUCGAUGACAAGCCGAUGCUGAAGGCAUUGGGAUUCUAUCGCGUGGAAGGAAGUGAUACAGACGCUUUGGCGUCGUCGUGGACAGAGUUGUAGGUUCAUUGCUGUCGCAAAAUCGCUUGGCAGAGAUGAGGGACUUUGGAUUGAUCAGUUCAUUUGUCUUACACUCUUUUUUUAGGGAAAUUAUUAUGUGUUUUAGCAGAGGGAAUUCGAUCGUUCAAGGUUUUGCCAAACACUGCAAUCACGAUGACCAAAUUUGAAUCGUGGGAAC